GCUCGGCUUCGCUGAAUCGUUUCCUCUGAUUGGUUCGUUCAGGAGCGCGUGUCUGCUGUAGGACUAUAUAAGCGCAACAGGCGACCGGCGGAUCUGAACCUCUCUCACCGCAGGCUGGGGGAAAGACAGCACACAGACAGACUAAUGAACACUGAAGUGCCUGUAAAGGUGAAUACUGUGUGAGGAUUCGCAACGGAGAGGAAAAUCAUUAACAAAUCCAACGACAGUGCAUCACCCAGUGGGAUAAGCCCAGAGGGAUCAUGUGGGUUCUGGAGAAGAUCCGGGACUCAGUUGAAACAAAUGUGCUCCGGCAAGGAGAGGCAGGUGACAAGGGGAAGGCGCCUGUCUAUAGCAAUGUCCUCACACCCGAUAAGAUUCCAGAUUUCUUCAUCCCUCCAAAGCUGGUAAGCUGCCCACCAGAGACAGAAGCUUCUGACGUCAAGUCCAAAGAAAGUCUGAGACCCUCAACGUCUGAGCAAACAAUCAGCAACAAGAAGAUCAGCAGCCCUCGUAGCCCACGAUUGGUCAGCAAGUUGGCAGGAGACACCAAGAACCUGCUUAGGGCGGCAAACCGCCACAUCAUUCAGAUCGAGAGCGCGGACGACGUUGUAGCAGGUGACACAAAUGCUGACCCUCAAUCCCAGACCGCCAUGUCACUUCCUUACAUUCCAAAGACUCAGACUUCUUAUGGCUUUGCCACGUUGAUGGAGAGUCCCCACACCCGGCGAAAAGAAUCCCUGUUCCACUGUGACCACACCAGCCCAGUAACAUCACCCAACACCCAACGCAAGUCCCAAAGCAAGAGCAGCAAUGAGGGGAAUCACCUCAACCCUCCGGACUUCAGCACCUCGCACAUAAACCCCUACCGAUACUUUAGCGGUGGCGAGAGCGACACUUGCUCUUCGGCAGAGUCCUCCCCAUUCAGUUCGCCACUGCUCUCUCGUUCCGCCUCCUUACUCAAGAUCUUCACCCAUGAGACACAGGCCAAGGUCGCAAAAGGUAAGCGGACAUUUGCCAGGCAUAGUUCCUUGUCCACUGACGAGUGCAGCUCGGCAGAGCCAAGCCCUAACGUUCCUAGACGGAGCCACUGUUCCACCUUGCAAGGUGGUGGAGCUCUGGACCAUCUUCAUGGCGCGGACCGUCAACACAAAGAGCACACCAUCAACAUGCACAAAGGAGGCACCGUCCGACUUUGUUCAGACUACGACCCAGGUACAGCCCGCCUGCGAAUCCGCAUUAUGGCGGCAGAGGACUUGUAUGAUCCCAUGUUUGACAUUAAGAGCAUCAACUGUUGCGUGUCGCUCUACCUCAAUCCAGGCAAGUUGCAGAAGCAGAGGAGCACGAUAAUCAAGAACAGCCGCAAUCCCGUCUUCAACGAGGACUUCUUUUUUGAUUCGGUGACUUCGGCUCAGGUUAAGAACCUAGCUUUGAAGAUCAAGGUUGUGAAUAAAGGCACUAGCCUGAAAAGAGACGUGCUGUUAGGUGAAAGGGAGGUCCCUUUGUGCAAGCUCUUGUCUGGAUUUUAGGUCUUCAGAAUGGGACACUGGGACACUGUCUUCAAAGGUGAAAAAAAGGUCUUCUGUUCUACUUGCUUCAUUGUCUUUCACGAAGCCUGAUACGGUGGUUGAAUUAGUAUUCACAAAUUCUGGAAAAACAAAACAAAAACAUACAUACUUAGGCGUAAUUUGUGGGUGGGAUGGUGGGACAUGUCCCCACCACUUUUUCCAGGGUUGAUAUUGUCCCCACCACUUUUUUAACACACUUCGUGGCACGGAUGUACCUAAUACAAAGUAAACAUCUCCAGUUGUCUAUCAAAGUAUUCAUUUCAUUUGUUUAUGCUAAAUAAGAGGCGAUAUGUCGCUAGAAUGUGUUGUUUUUUAAAUCAUGCCUAGUGCUCGUUGCCACUGAUUUCAGUGGCGGUGGCUCGUGCACAGUCUUCACACAGAUGAGCGCUUCAAUCUUUUGCUUAAUGCUGUUAUGGAGACUCUCUAUUCGUUUCGGUGAAAUCCAAAACAAAAGGCACACAAAUGUGUCCCUACUCUUGAUAUACAAUCACUGAUGAACAUAUUUGGUUUUAAUGAGAAAAACAAAACAAAAAACUAUACUAGGGUGGAUUAGAAUCCAGAACCUUUGAAACGCUUAACAAAAAGUCUAUGACAAAGUCUUUUUGUAUGUUGCCUUCUGUAUUUUGGUUGUUCUACUCAUUUAGCCUAAUUAAAACCAAGCGUUUACCUUUUUGAUUGUAAAGACUUUUUUUCCACAGAGCCGCGGUCCUUUGAAGCUACACAAUGGCCCUCUGUGCUAAUGUUAGCUUUGAUCCUGGAUGCAUCUGCUGUCUAAUUUGAAGGAUAAAUAACCAGACUGAACAAUCUUGCGUCACACUGCAUGUGUUUGCGUAAACUUGUAAAUGUGAUGAUGUAUUCUUGCAACAAUGUACAGAAUGUCAUUUGGUGAAACCCAGAAGCCUUACUAAAGAGAGAUUUUUGCAUGUUUAGAAUUUGCUCAAAUUGGAUCGUUCCUUGACUGAGUGUGAUUAUCUGUAUCUAUUUGUUGGAUAUCAUAUGAAAUGAGUGCUCUGGCUUGGACUCUUUGUCAAAAGCCUUUUAUGAAACCGGGUCCAUAUAAAACACUUUCUUUGAAAGUCUUUCCAUGCACACUACUUACCCAGAGGAAAGUACAAAGUGAAAUAUCAACUAACAUUUGUGUUAUAUUAAAUUAAAAUUCCAAUCUAUGCCACAUUCCACCUGCAGUUAAAAAUAUUCUCAAUUCAUAUGGAAAGGAAACAGAAGUGUAUAUGCUUGCUGCAUGUGUCAUUAUGCAAAUGAGUGAUCUGAUAUGCAGUGUGUUUUUUCAACAGACUGAAGAGACCAUAUGAAUAAAUAUUUCAAGUGGUUGAAAUAUGGCAUGAAUAUGAUAAUGGAUGGAUGGAUUUGUGGACUUUCUUUCUGGAUUGAGAUAUUUUACUAGUAAAAUCAGGAAAAUGGCUAUUACUUGGAAGGAAUAUCUAGCCUCCUUUGACGAUUCAUAAUAAAUUAUACAAAUUUAGUAAGUGUUUAUUCCUUUCCUGGCUCCACUUUAUAAAUAAAGAGCAGAAAAUACCUAUUUGAGGUAAUGAGCUGGCUAGUGCUCAUUAAAAUGUUUUAAAAAACAACAAAAAAAUUGGCCCCAUUGAUACUAGCUAAUAGACGGUUGUUACACAAGCAAUGCAGGGAAUGGAAAGAACGUUUCUAUAUUUAUGAUCUGUGGAUUGUGCAGUAAUUAUUUGAGUGCCAAAAGCAUAUGAAGCUUUUCAUUUACAUUCAGGUGUUUCAUUAAGUCUUUAAUUUCCUAAACCACUCGAAUGCUGGAGUCUUCCUGUGUUAACAGGUGUACUUUGCAAAAUGAAAAAAGUGCCAAUCCUAUGUACUUGAUGUAGAAGUGAACUGUUCACUUGGCGUUUAGUGCGAUUUGUUCAUAGUGGAUCCCGUCAACUCUGGUGUUUGUUACUUGUGUGCAUGGAUAAUAUUUUCACUGUGGUAAUCAACCUAUAAUAUUUUGUGAGUGUGAGCUGUUUGAUGGAAAUUUCAGUGUACUUUUUCUGCACCUCUGCAUGGAUGUUCAACUGGUGUAUUUGUAUCUUUGAUGGACAAUGUUUUUUUGUUUUUGUUUUCUUAAGUUUGCAACUCAUGAAAGAAAUAAAAAUAACAAAACA